UAUGUUCAAUAUGAAGUGAUGUCGGCAGGGGGCGCUGUUUCCCAUCCAAACAGGCUCCAGAGAAGAGUCCCAGCCCAGCAGCUGAGCAGCCGCCAGCAGCAGAUGACUGUCCGCGUCCCUGUGCUUCACAUUAGCGGCUCACUGUUUAUUUUGUGCGUUGUGAAACUUUUCGUUCGACGCACUCACAAUCCACGUUUUGGAUGACAGCAGCUGCGCUCGCGUUAUUUCAUGGUUCGACUUUGAAGAGAACAGCAACUCCUGUCUGGAACCGAGAGGCUAGAUUUCCGCAGGUCACACAGACUGGGACUCCGAUACAUGCUCUUUGAGAUCUUUUCCCGCACAGGUUUGAGUGCAGCUGUCCAAAAACUGCAAUGUCAUCAAAAAUGCAGAGCUCCAGUAGCAUAGCUCAGGCCAGGAGGACGGUGCAGCAGCUGAGGAUCGAGGCCAGCAUUGAGAGGAUAAGGGUAUCCAAGGCUUCAUCAGACCUGAUGCGCUACUGUGGAGAACAUGCCAAGAAUGACCCGCUGCUCAUGGGCAUCCCCGCUUCAGAGAAUCCUUUCAAAGACAAGAAGCCUUGCACUGUUUUGUAAGAGAACACCUGAACUCUAGCUGCUUUCCUUUUGAUUCUUAUGUGGGAAAAAAGCUGAUAGUAAUACUGUCUCAAAGUUAUUUUAAGGCCAGUGUAUCUUCCCCCUAACCUUUUCCAAGGAAUACUUUGCAAUCAGAUAACAGAUACACCAAAGAACAGGCAGAAGUCUGAAGCUGUGGCCUUGGAUCAAAGCUUUAGCUCAAACAAAGAUGAGUAAAAGUUCAUGUAAAGCUUCAGUCAUGACUUUUAUUUCUCUGCAUUAACUUUGUCCUGAAAGAUGCUGUGCCAUGCCAUUGAUGGUAGAGUUUCUCACUUAUUUUUACAGCAUUCAUAAACAAGUCUCCCCUCAAGCAUUGGUCCAAUCAGAUUUAGCCUCGUAGCUUUCACCUGUGUCGACGUGUGUGUGAGAAGAAUAAGUGAUAACGCACUUUAAAUCCACGGUAGCUUUAUUGGAUGCCGCAGCAAACACACAGUACCUGUACGAAAACCUGGAAAGCUAACAACACCGAGCGGCAACACACUGGCAUGUGCAUUCAGUCUGGUUACGGUGUCUGAUGAGGUUCAUACAGAACACCAAAAUGGACUACAUCCUUCCCAUUUUAGUUGGUGCUUCUAUAAGGAAACAAACACAUGUGGUUGCACAUUAACAUACAAAUGAUGUCUAACAUGGCUGCUUUAACUGGAGGCAUUUCUGUAGCCAAUACAGACCAGCAGUAGUUUCAAUAACAACCUGAACACAAACUUAAGCAUCCAAUUUAUACUUUCAUGUUAUAGAAUGAUCACUUCCUGUAUGAAUAACAUGACAACAAACAUGAAAUGGGUCAAGUGCAUCAAUGGUAACUGAAUAAUUCAAUUAGAGAGCGAUGGAGUGCAAAAACUCUUUUCCAAAGUUUUUUUUUUUUUUUUUUUCCA